AUGUCCAAAUUUGGAGAGUUUCAACACGCGCUUGUAUCCUCCAAAGCUGAUAUCGCUGUUGUCACUGAAACCAAGAUCACCGCAGAGAAAUUCUCCCUUCACGAGUCAGCCAUCCCAGGGUACUCCGGCCCACUCCGGCGUGACAGGACUGAACAUGGUGGUGGCAUAGCAAUCUGGAUACGCAGCCCAUUGGCGUACCAUCAUCUAGAUCAGUACGACUCAUCUGUUCACGAAGUAACUUGGCUCACAGUGCAGUCUGCCCAUCAUGGUAAGAUAGUGCUGGGUGCUGUAUACAGGCCAGGAUCCGCCUCAGACACUGAUAUCUCAACACUUGAGCACCUCGAUGGCAUCCUGGAUAGCGUCAGAAAACACGGCACCCACACCAUGCUGGUCGGAGACUUCAAUGUCCACAACACGGCUUGGCUCGGCAGCUCUAAGACCACCCGUGCAGGGGAGUACAUGGAGGAACUAAGCGCUGCCCACAGCCUCAUGCAGCAUGUCCAAGAACCAACCCGAGGUCUCAACACCCUGGACUUAGUGCUCUCUGACUUCACUGGUACUGUGACCACCGGUAUCUCGCCGCCGAUAGGAAGGUCAGACCAUUGUGUUGUCCACGCUGUGCUCGCUCAAGCCCCGCUAGAAAAUGAGCCCAGCACACGGAGGCGUGUGUGGCGAUAUGGCCAAGCCGACUGGAACAGACUGCGUGCCCACUACCGUCGCAUUGCCUGGGCAGCUGAGUUUCCGGAGGACCCAGAGGAAGCAUGCAGCCUUGUUACUAGGCACAUCGUGUCUGGGAUGCUGCAGUUUAUUCCCCACAAGAUGCUGGAAACAAGGCCGUCCGAUCCGAGCUGGUGGACACCAGAAUGCACUGAGGCUCAACGUGCCAAAGAGAAAGCGUGGAAGGCCUGGCGUCACCAGGGGCCCAGCGAAUGCCUGAAGCAGUCGUUCAUGACAACUGUCACUCAAUCUAUUACAACCCAACAUCGUGCACAACAAGCUGAAGAGCAGACAGUCCAAGAGCGUCUCACACGUGGUUCCAUGAGAGACAAGGACUGGUGGAGGAAUGUCAAGCGCGCCGCCGGUCUGGGUAGGACUACAGACGUGCCAACACUCACUGAUGCUGACGGGCACGAGCACAGUACAUCGAAAGCCAAGAGCGAGUGCCUUGCUAGAUUCUUUGCUGAAAAAUGUAGCCUUGGGGAUAAUGACAUCGACAAUGCUGAGUUACCAGCAACACCCCGCACUACCACUCCGGGCCUGCAGCGCAUCCGCUUCCGCGUCUCUGAAGUCCAACAGUGCCUGAAGCGUCUCAACACAUCCAAAUCCACUGGUCCAGAUGAGAUCCCAGGACGAGUACUCAAGGAGUGUGCAGCUGAACUAGCACAUCCGCUGGCUAGAUUGUUUCGCCUGUGA